AUGGGCCCAGGACGUGUUGCUGCCGAGUACGUCCAUUCCAUCAUCCCGACGGAAGCGCUUGUAACAAAGGACGACGGGCAUUACCUCUCUGUAACCAGCGAGGAGUGGAAAGGUAUGAUUAAGCCCCAGAUCAGCUCACUCGCCGCGCGGAGUUGGCCAAAGCAAUCGUAUUGCAUUGAGGUUCUCGCUUGGGAACAUUCUGAGCUCAUCCUGUUGGAUCCUUCUCCUUCACGGCCCAGGACGCAAGCAGGCCCCGGCGCUGACAAAUACACAAUGAAGGAGUAUCAUCUGGUAUAUAUUUGGCAGGAGCCUUUGAAGGGAGCGAUGAUGGAGAGAGGACCAGAAUACGCUGAUUCCACUCGCGAAAAACGACAUGUAGGGAAGGUGGGAGAGCCGACAAUUAUAGAGAGACCAGCCCAUAUUAAGUCCAAGGAGGAAAAUUCUGGGAGUAUUGAGGCCAUAGAGCCGAAAGCGAACAACGGAAGCAUGGUCCCCCGAAAGGAGAGUAGGUCCACUCUCAAGGAACGUAUUGCUGUGCUGCAAGCCAACAGUGGACUUACGCCUCCUGGGAACGGAUCGUCACGAUUUUCGACUAUCUCCAGGCCCGCAGCACUCGCCGUCGGAAAAGGUGCCUACGAAUCAACAAACCAGCGCGUUUCGACAAACUUGGUGGGGCACCUGUGCCGAGAAGUGGCUUUGGAUUAG